UCUUCUGAUCACUGUAUUUCCUCACACACCCAGGGCCGUGCUGAUCAGUCUUCGUAUCCUGGCCAACAUCCUGGUGCUGCUGUCUCUGGCCGGCAGCAUCUACAUCAUCUACUUUGUGGUGGACCGAUCUCAGAAGCUGGAACAGGAGAAGCCAGAGCUGACUCUGUGGGAGAAGAAUGAGGUGAGUGUAGUCGUGUCUCUCAUCACCAUGAUCGCUCCAUCUGCGUUUGAGUUGGUGGCUCAGCUGGAGAUGUACCAUCCACGGACCUCGCUGCGGUUCCAGCUGGCCAGGGUACUUGUCUUAUACCUCGGGAACCUCUACAGCCUCAUUAUCGCCCUCCUGGACAAAGUCAACAGUAUGAGUUCUGCU